UUUAUUACAAUUAAUUUAGUAAUUUAUUUAAUAAAACACGUGAUAAUUAUAGACAAACAUAUAUUUAUAGGCAAAUUAUAAUUGAAUUUUGAAUACAAAAAGUGAAAACUCAUUGAAAUUUUAUUCAAUAAAAAGUGAUUUUGUUUUUGAUUUAAUUUUACAAACAAUUGAAACAAACGUUUCAUUAAAUGAACGCAUAUUUUAUGGUUUUGUUGUUUCGGUAAUCAAUACAAGAGUUUUUGCAAUCAAUUGAUUGUUUGAAAUGACAUUUCGGGCGCCGAAUAACCCAUUGAUGGCAGCGAUGGCCGCGUCUAUGGCUCACAUGGGAUCACAGCUCACACCUCAGGCCUACCAUCACAUCCAAUCCAUGCAACCCAUGGGAGGAUUACUACCGAUGCAAAUGAUGCCACCCAUGCCUCAGGCACCAAUGGGUGUGACCGUACCGUCGGGUGUGACCACAAUAUCUGCUCCACCCGUGCGUAACAUACAGUUGGACGCAUCGCAAACGGGAGCCCUUCCGCCGGGUGUCCACCUGCAGGCGCCGCCAUCACUACUGGGAGUAUAUCCCGGCGCUAAUCCGAUUUUCCAACAAAUGGCGGCCGCGAAUCAGGACACACAACAACAGUACCGAAAGCCGAGACCAGCGCCCGGCAGUACUGUCACUGUAUUCGUGGGUAAUAUUACCGAACGGGCGUCCGAUAUGCUUAUUAGACAACUAUUAUCGAAAUGCGGUCAAGUGAACAAUUGGAAGCGAGUUCAGGGCGCGAACGGCAAACUACAGGCAUUUGGUUUCUGUGAGUAUUGCGAUCAGGAGUCGGCGAUGCGUGCCGUCAGACUCUUACUCGACUUUGAGAUCGCCGACAAGAAACUGGUGGUGAAAGUGGAUCCCAAAACCCAAGAAAAAUUAGACGAAUACAUGAAAAGUAAGGGUUGUUUUGGCCAAGAAUUAGACGACGCGACCAAAGAGGAAGACUCGAGUAUUUUAUCGGCGAUGCAAAGCGUUCUUCGGGAACAUGAGAUCGAGUUAUCCAAAGAGCCCGACUCUAAGGAAAGACAGCGACGCUAUCAGAACGAUAAGAGAGAUCCCACUAAACCUGAGAAUUUAUCGGAAAUGGAUUUAGAAGACGAUAAGCGAUCGCUAAUCCAUCGGGAAAUUGAUAAAUUUCGUGACACUUAUAAGAAACUUGAAGAUAAGAAAGAGGAGGAAAAGAAACGCAAAGAGGAGUCAAAGCCCAGAGACGAUGACAUUAAGAAAGAGAGUCGACCUAAAGAGAGGUCACCCGAUAGGGCCGACAGAGACCGGCAGAGGAGUUCCCGAAGAAAUGAGAGAAACGAUCGAAACGAUAGAAGCGAUAGAGACCGCGAACGAGAGCGAGAAAGAGAGCGCGAGAGAGAACGGGAAAGAGAACGCGAACGGGAGAGGGAUCGCGACCGCUAUCGGGAACGCGAGCGGGAGAGGGAUCGGCGGUCGGAGACUAAGGAUAUGCCGCCCGUUGAGGACGAGGAGGAGGCGUACGAACGGCGACGACUCGAGCGCCAAAUGAAAGAAAAGGAGGCCUCAUAUCAGAGACGACUGCGAGAAUGGGAACAAAGAGAGGGCCGAAAGUGUAAAGACUAUGAGAAGGAUAGGCAGAAGGAAGAGCGCCGCCGACAGGAAGAAGAGGACGAACGCCGGAAACUGAAAGAGUUUCUCGAGGACUACGACGACGACCGCUUCGACCAGAAGUACUACAAAGGAAGCAGUUUUAUGCGACGCAUUCGCGACCGCGAGAAGGAAAUAGCGAGCGAUGAAAGCGAACGACAACUCGAGAAGAAAGAGUUGGACGAAUUGCGCGAGAAGUUGGCCAAUGAGGGACAUCCCGACCCCGAGAGCGAAGUGAAGCGCCGAAUGUUGGCGUCGAGUGAGACGGAACGCGACCGAAACAACAAAGCCGUCAGCGAUCGCAUCCGCGCUCUUAUGCUCGAAGCGCGACAGAAGACAAGUUCGGCGCCCAUUGCCGGCGACGACGACCUCUCCAUUGGAUCUGAUAUAACGCCAAAAGAAGAGAUUACUGUCAAAACCUUUGGCUUUCAAGGCAUGAAACUGAACGCUUCGGUCACUGCAAACGCCACUAAUAAUAGCAGUAAUGUGUCCAACAAUGGCAGCGGCGACGGCAGACCACACAACCAUACCUCCAAUGCUAACACUCCCGACUCGACGGACAUGACAGCCGUCGUCACUGAUAAGGCCUCCGCCAACACAACCGGCGCUGAUCUCAAACGCAAAAAGCUGUCCGUUUCUGAUGUGUUUAAUCCCAACGAAGACGACGACCUCUCGAAGGCAAAGAAGCGACGACUGCCUACUCUUGUGGACGACAACACUGAUAGUGACUUAAGCGGAACGCCGACCACUAAAACCAUGUCUUCCGGCGCUGACAAUAAACUAAUGUCAUCUGAAGAGAAACGCAAACAAAUCAAAGCCUUGAUUGAGAAGAUCCCCACCUCUAAAGAGGAGCUCUUUAAAUAUGAGAUCGAGUGGUCUCUCGUCGAUAAUACAUUAAUGGAGCGGAGGAUAAGGCCGUGGAUUAACAAAAAGAUAGCCGAAUAUAUCGGCGAAGAGGAACAGGCGCUCCUAGACUUCAUAUGUAAUAAACUUCAGUCCAAAAGUAGUGCUCAAAGUAUUUUAGACGACGUGGCGAUGGUUUUGGACGAAGAGGCGGAGGUCUUUGUCGUCAAAAUGUGGCGCCUUUUGAUCUAUGAAAUUGAGGCCAAAAAACUAGGUUUAGGCAAAUGAGACGUUCCCUAUGUUUAGCAUCUUUUUUGUUAGUUUUGGAAUCAAAAAAUUCAAUUAUUUUUAUAUGGACGUA